GCCUGCAUCGUUGCUGGCUGGCUGGAAGCUUAUAAAUACGAACCGCAAAAAGCGUUAUCAACUCGCAGCAUCCAAAACGCUCAGAAUUAAAUCUUCAUCGCUCUCGCACAGUGCCGAACUAAAACCCUCAACCAUGACGAUCGUACGGUACUAUUCUGCUGGUGCACUGUCCACGGCGAAAACGAACGCACUGCUGGAAUCACUGAAAGCGGUCAACCCACGUGUUCGAUCGUUGCAGACGGAGAAAUGUUUCUACGUGCAGAACAAUCGCUACCAGCAACUGCCAGCCGAUGUCGAUGCCAAGCUGCAGUGGAUUCUCAAGGAAUCGGAUACGGUGGAUCAGCUUGCCGGCAAGGCUGGACUGAUGGCCGGCCCAAACCAGGUAUUAAUUGAGAUCGGACCCCGAUUCAAUUUCUCCACCGCCAGCAGCACGAACAGUGUCGGUAUCUGUCACAAUUUGGGACUGGAUUUUAUCGAACGCAUCGAAGUGUCCACCCGCUAUCUGGUCGGCUUAGAUGGACCGGUUGGCAAGGAUGAGAUGGGAAUUGUUUCCUCCCUACUGCCAACGCUUCACGAUCCCAUGACCCAAUGCCAAUACACGGAACGGAACAUUCCAGUGAACGAUUUCUACGAGACGGUAUCACGAUCGAAAGAGGAUUGGUAUUUUGUUCCACUGCUGGAGCAGGGUCGUCGGGCGUUGGAAGAGAUAAAUGUGAAAAAUGGUCUCGCCUUUGACGAAUGGGAUCUGGAGUACUACACCAACCUGUUCGUUAAGGUGCUCAAGCGUAACCCAACGAAUGUGGAACUGUUCGAUUGUGCGCAGUGUAACAGCGAACACUCGCGGCACUGGUUCUUUAAGGGUAAAAUUACGGUCGAUGGAAAGCCGAAAAAACAAUCACUGAUCGAAAUGAUCUGUGAUACGCAGCGUCAUACGAAUCCGAACAAUACGGUCAAAUUUAGUGACAACAGUAGCGCGAUCAAAGGCUAUCAAUAUACGGCGCUACGUGCGUCCUGCUUCGACGGGCCCGGCAAGUUUGUACAGCGCGCAGUCGAGUCGGAUUUGAUCUUUACGGCCGAAACGCACAACAUGCCGACGGCAGUAUCACCGUUCAGUGGAGCAACCACUGGCACUGGUGGCCGUUUGCGCGAUGUCCAGAGCAUUGGUCGUGGUGGAUUGCCAAUUGCCGGUACGGCGGGUUACUGUGUGGGUAUGCUCAACAUUCCUGGACAGAAGCUACCGUACGAGAGUGAACAGGACUAUCCGGGAUCAUUCGCACGACCGCUGAAGGUACUGAUCGAAGCGAGCGAUGGUGCGUCCGAUUAUGGUAACAAGUUCGGUGAACCGGUGAUCUGUGGAUUUGCCAUUUCUUACGGCACGGUGCAGGCGGACGGGCGGCGAAAGGAGUACGUGAAACCGAUCAUGUUUAGUGGUGGUGUCGGUACGAUGGAUUCGGUGCUGGUGGACAAGAAGGAUCCCAAGAAGGGCAUGUUACUGGCUAAGAUCGGUGGUCCAGUGUACCGUAUCGGAGUGGGUGGCGGUGCGGCCAGCUCAGUUGAGGUGCAGGGCGACAGCACAAACACGGAACUAGACUUCAAUGCCGUUCAGCGAGGCGAUGCAGAGAUGGAAAACAAGCUGAACCGCGUAGUUCGUGCUUGUAUCGAGUUGGGCGAUCGUAAUCCGAUCCUGGCCAUUCACGACCAAGGUGCCGGUGGUAACUGUAACGUGUUGAAGGAAUUAGUCGAGCCGGGUUGUGCCGGUGCCGUGAUCUUCUCCAAGACGUUUCAACUCGGUGAUCCAACCAUCUCAACGUUGGAACUGUGGGGUGCCGAAUAUCAAGAGAAUAAUGCCGUCCUGUUGGAUGCAAGCGAUCGUGACCUACUGCAACGCAUCUGCGAUCGUGAAAGAUGUCCAGUUUCGUUCGUGGGUCAAGUCACUGGCACUGGGUAUGUGACACUGCUGGAGGGAGAAUUCGAUGGCACUGCAGAAAAGUUUGCCGACCGUACGAAGUGUACCCGGGAGCUUUCGCACGUACCGUUCGAUAUGCAUCUCGAUCACGUACUUGGCAAAAUGCCACAGAAAGAAUUCCAUCUGCAGCACAUGAAGGAAAAGUUGGAUGAGUUCCAGCUUUCGGCAAAUGUGAAGCUGGCCGAAGCGCUGAAUCUAGUCCUUUCUGCUGCUACCGUAGGAAGCAAACGCUACCUAACGAACAAGGUCGAUCGCUCGGUGACGGGAUUAAUUGCCCAACAGCAGUGCGUUGGACCGCUGCACACACCGUUGGCCGACUUUGGGCUGGUCGCUGUGUCACACUUUGCGCGCGAAGGCAUUGCAACGUCAAUCGGUGCACAACCGAUCAAGGGUUUGGUCGAUCCAGCCAAGGCGGCUCGAAUGACGGUAGCGGAAGCACUUUCCAACCUGGUGUUCGUUGGCAUCAGUGAGCUGGCGGAUGUGAAGUGUUCGGGCAACUGGAUGUGGGCUGCAAAGGUAGCCGGCGAGGGUGCCAAGUUGGUCGAUGCGUGUGAAGCCAUGUGUGAGCUAAUGAGCCAACUGCAGAUUGCGAUCGACGGUGGAAAGGAUUCACUAUCGAUGGCGGCACGAGUGAAUGGUGAAACGGUCGUCAGCCCUGGUACGCUCGUCGUAUCCACGUACGCUCCGUGUCCGGAUGUGACGGUGAAGGUGACGCCCGAUUUGAAGGCGGCCUCGCUAGGAACAGAUACAGCGCUGCUGUAUGUAGCGGUUGAAGGAUUGCGUUUCCGUCUGGGUGGAUCCGUAUUGGCCCAGUGUUACGGCAAGCUUGGCGGUGAAUGUCCGGAUGUGAGCAACGCCCAGACAUUGAAGAAUGCAUUCAAUGUGACCCAGGAGCUGUUGCGCAAGGGUUUGCUGCUGUCCGGACACGAUUGUAGUGAUGGAGGACUAAUCACGACCAUACUGGAGAUGGCUUUCGCCGGUUUGACGUCGGUCGAAAUUAACCUGGAACAAUUGCUUACUUCGGCCGAUGCUUCUAGCUUGGAAACAUCAGCAAUUCGAGUGCUGUUUGCGGAGGAGUGUGGCUGGGUGCUGGAAGUGCAGCAAAAGCACGCUGCUGAUGUGUUGAGCGCAUUCCGCAAGGCUGCCGUUCCAUGCUAUACUGUGGGCCGUGGUGUUGCCGUGGCUGAUCUGCAUUCACGACAGUCCGUGACGGUUCGAGCUAGUGCAAAGGUGGUACUGUUGCAGGACUGUCUGUUUAAUCUAUUCAACCGAUGGGAAUCGACCAGCUUUGAGAUUGAAAAGCUUCAGAAGGCAAAGGCAAGUGCGAUCGAGGAGUAUACCGGCAUUGAGCGCCGUACGGGACCACAGUACAGUGUUAGUUUCAACCCGGACACGGUGUAUGCCGAUCUGAAGCUGAGUGCGACCGGACCAAAAGUGGCCCUGAUUCGAGAAGAAGGAACCAACGGUGAUCGUGAGAUGGCGGCUGCCCUCUUCAGUGCCGGUUUCGAAGUGCACGAUGUGGUGAUGAACGAUCUUCUGCAGGGUCGUACCACGCUCGAUCGCUAUCGUGGUAUUGUUUUCCCUGGUGGAUUCAGCUACGCCGAUACACUCGGUUCGGCGAAGGGUUGGGCCGCUUGCAUUCAGUACAAUGGUACGAUCGCCCCACAGUUCGAGCACUUCCGUCAGCGCAAGGAUACAUUCUCGCUCGGUGUUUGCAACGGUUGCCAGCUGAUGGGGCUGAUCGGUUGGGUCGAAACGGGACUCGCAGCGGUACCAUCCGUUGCGACCGUGCCCGAGAUCGUACUGGUCGGCAAUCGGUCGGAAAAGUUCGAAAGCCGUUGGGUUACGUUGCGAGUACCGGCGAGUCGAUCGAUCAUGUUGCGCCGCUUGGCGGGAAGUGUGCUCGGAUGCUGGGUGGCACACGCUGAAGGACGGUUCUCUUACCGCACCGAUGCCAGCCGUGAUCGGCUGCAGAUGAGCCAGUGCGUUACGCUGCAGUAUGUGGACGAUGCAGGCAACCCAACCGAACUGUACCCGAUGAACCCGAACGGUAGUGAGCUGGGUAUUGCGGGCGUUUGCUCACCCGAUGGACGUCAUCUAGCCAUCAUGCCCCAUCCGGAGCGAUGCGUACAGAUGUGGCAAUGGCCGUACGUAACGAUGGACUUCCCGUACAAAAAUGCAUCUCCGUGGAUGUCGAUGUUCCAGGAAGCUUACCUGUGGUGCCAACAGUAAACAAAAAUUAAGAUUCGUAUGCUGAAACCAUUCCAGGGACGUCGUGUAGCUCGUGUAGAUAAUCCUUUUCCGGGGUUUGUGUGUUUUUUUUCUUCUGAAUUUGAUCCCAUUUUUUAUCCUAUUUAAUUGAAGUGGUUGCCUCAUAAAGCUGAAAGCUUCUUUUGCUUCUUUCACCCUUUUUUGGUACGGCUGCUCUCGUACUGUGUAUAAGUAUCUAUCUAAUGCCAUAAAACGGUAGCUCCUAGACUAAGAACCGCUAAGCCAUUGAAAUAAACGUCUUCAAGUUAAUCACAA